UAUAUUCCCUGCAUUUUCAAGAGAUCAAAAUGAGGCGCGCUGGAUUAGGCGAAGGGGCACAAACAGGAAAUUAUGUGGCAAGUGGAUACAGUGUUUAUGAGGAAGAAAACGAACAUUUACAAGAGGGUUUAAGAGCCAAAGUCAGUGCUUUGAAACAUCUUUCAAUUGAUAUUGGAACUGAAGUUAAGUACCAAAAUAAAGUGUUGCAAGAUAUGGACACAGAUUUUGAGUCUUCUGGUGGUCUUUUGGGGGCUACUAUGGGUAGACUGAAGCUUCUGGCCAGGGGCAGUCAAACCCGGAUCUUCUGCUACGUGUUUCUGUUUGCACUUUUUGUCUUCUUCGUCCUCUAUUGGGUGAUCAAACUUAGGUGAUACCGAUCUCUCCAAUUUGUGCCAUGCUUUUCUGGACCGUGUACUC